AUGAAGAGUUUGAACAGCCAAUAUAUGGUCCUAUUUCCCAUUGGCCAUUGUGCAUUUGGCUCUGUGAAUCUGGCCUACCAUCGCGUCACAGGCAUGCCGGUGGCAAUAAAAUUUAUAGAUAACGUUGAGGAAGACCUCCGGUUCAUUGUUUCUGAGAUGGAGUUCCUUGAAAAACUGCACCAUCCUAACAUCAUUCACCUCUUCCAGGUGCUGGUAACACCAAAGCAAAUCUGCUUCAUUAAUGAGUUUGUCCCAGGAGGAGACUUGUUCCACAAAGUAACAGAGGAGGGCAGGCUGCAGGAGGAAGAACAGAAAAUAUUCAGGCAGAUGCUGUCAGCCAUCAAGUAUUGCCAUGACCUUAACAUCAUCCAUCGAGACCUGAAGCCCAAAAACAUCCUCUUAGACGCAGAGGGCAAUGUGAAGCUGGCAGACUUUGGUCUGACCACCAGGUGGAGAGCUGGAACUCUACUGAAAGAGCAAUGUGGGACCAUGAACUUUAAUGCCCCAGAACAGGUACUGGGAGAGGGCUAUGUUGGGAAGAAGUUGGAUUUGUGGGGUCUGGGUGUGCUGCUCUAUUAUAUCACCACUGGGUACCACCCCUUCAUAGGAAACACCAUGGAAGAGAUCGAGGGGGAGAUCAUCACAGGCACCUACGACAUCCCAGAUCAUGUGUCUGGGCAACUUGAAAAUAUAAUUCACCAAAUGUUGACAGUUGUCCCAGAGAGGAGGCCCUCCAUUGAAGACCUUCAGCAACAUCCAUGGGUCAUGAAGUGUGAAGAACACAUCCCAUGCAAGACCUUUUUAGAUCCAAACAUACUAGACUCACUCUCUGACCUUGGCUUUAAUGUGAAAGAGCUCUCACAACAGCACCUGCAUGUUGUGCCAACAGCACCAGGGCAGAAGGCAGCCAGCAGUGCCUCCAUGCCUGUCCUUUUUCCCCAUGAAGAAGAGCUGGACUUCCAGCUAUGGCCCCCUAUCCACAGCUGCAACUUGCCCAAGUGCUUGAGCAGCAUAUCCAAACUGGAAUCGCUACAGUCACUUGCGACAGAGUCUGACAUGGAAACAUGA